GGUUGUGGUUUUUCUUUUUUGGUGGGGCUCUUCGGAUUUACUUAUGGGGUUUAUUUUUAAGUUUAAUAUAGCUGUUACCUUAUUGAUAUGUUGUUGUGUUUACUUAAUUGUAUUUAAGUAGGCUAUUACAUUUAAUACGACGAUACCACAACUUUGGACGCUGGGGUAGCGGUGUAACAGUCUUAAAAGGCGCGAUCCGGAUAAUGUUUUCGGGCCUGAUAGUUCGGUCUUGUUCUUGGAUCCGUAAAGGUGACCUCAAAUUAAACACACAGACACACAGCAUGCGUAUCAGUUCAGUUUCACUUCGAUGCUUUGAACAAAACCCAGACAGUUGCAAAGUCCCAUGUGGACGGUCCGCGUUACACUGAUCGCAGCAUUUGUCCUGUGAAGCAGGUGCAACUGAUCCAUCUUUGUAAGAAACUCUGAAUAACAAACCAGGGAGAGUAAUGAGGACAGCAGAUUGUGUGACAUUAUCACAGUCCAUCUCCUCUAAAAUUUAGAUGAACACGUUUAUAUACUAAAAUGUAUUUUAACAUGCUUACUCUGAUGUUUUAUCGGCAUGGCAGCUAUUUCCGUGUAUAUUUUAUGUUAGCCUACUUCCGAGCAUAUAUUAGUGGUUUUCUAAUGGGAAGAGAGUAUAUAUUUCACACGUUUAGGCUGUGAAUACAUCUGGGGGUCAAACGUAUGUGCUAUUUGACAACAGCAUCACUUCAGACGAUCCUCUCUGCAUAGGAAUAUAUGUUUUGCCUUUUGCCGUUUCUGGAGGGUAAAUUAAGGUUGGGAUUUAUUUCGGCAUACCUUUGCGGGUGUUGGCCCUUUGGGGGGUGAAAGACACUGGGAAGUAAGUGCUGUGUACUCGGGCAAGCGGCAGAUCGCAACCCCUUCGUCUUAUUUCCAGCGCCGCCGAUCCGUAGAUUUACGAUGAGCAGUUUGUGGGUGUGGAAAAGCAGUUGCGGGGCGCUUGCCAGGGAGUCCAAUAAGAGCGCCUUUGCCGGUAGGAAUAUGCGGAGCCGGGCCUGUCCGGACAUGCUCCAGCUCCCGCCCGGACCCGCUCCCGCCAGCGCCGCACCGCUGCGAUGGGUGAUCCCAGAAAAAUAUGAUCGUCCAAAAGGAGAGCCCCCCCCGUGCCACCUGCGGCCACGUGCUUGGAUGGUCCGCAGCCCCCACAGGGAUCGCUAGGGUUUCCGCAAGCAGCCAUGGAUCAGAAGGAGAACCUGGGCAACAGGGAGCUGAAGCUGGCUGUGGUUCUGCCAGGAGGGGUGGAGAAGACGGCCAUCAUCAAUGGGAGCGAGCCUGUGAUGGACCUGCUGGUCACACUGUGCGCACAGUACCGCCUGAACCCCUCCGGCCACACCAUCGAGCUCAUCUCUGCUAACAGGAACGACAUCAAGUUCAAGCCCAACUCUCUGAUGGGCUCUUUGGAGGCGGAGAAGAUCCUAAUAAAACCUAAAGGCGCGGAAGACAGGAACAAAAAGACAGGCCCUCAUUUGCCAGAGGCUACCGUCCGCCUGAUAAUAAACCACAAGAAGACACAGAAGACCAUUCUGAGGGUCAGUCCCCAAGCUCCUCUAGAGAGCCUCGUACCAGCCAUUUGUGAAAAAUGUGAAUUUAACCCGAAGACCACGCUUUUAUUGAGAGACGUGAAUUCCGAGGAGCCUCUGGACCUGACAAGGUCUCUAAAUGACUACGGCUUGCGGGAACUUUAUGCCAGGGACAUUAAAGGUGCGGUGAACGCGUAUUUCCCGGCUUCUUCUGUCGAUCAGGAAGAGAGAAAUCCGCCUGUAAAGGGGGAGGUUCUGAAGGACAAAGAGAACCGAGGGCUGUUUGGCAGCUUGUUCAGGAAAAGUAAAAAAAAGACGGAGCAGGCUGUACCCACGAGUGCCGCUACCUCCCCCGUCCUGGCCAGGAAGAGGCCGGAGAGCAUGACCAUAGCCCCCUCAUACAGCUCCAGCACCAACGUGUCCAAGAAGAGGCGUGCUCCAGCGCCUCCUGUCACACCUGCCCACCUUCCCCCGUCAGACCUCAGCCAGCAGGAGACCCCCGCCAAACUCGGGGUCCCACCCGAAGGCCGUCAGGAAAGAGGCCGACUCAUGCGGGGACUCUCCGAGAUUUCCCUGAGAAGCACCAAGAGGAAGGCUCCCCCACCCCCCCGUGCCGUCACUGUAGAUGAAACGUCACUGGACCGGAGUAUUAAAGCAGGAGUGCCCCCCCCCCAGCCCUCCUCCAGUCCCGGCAUCGUCGGCGAGACCCACAACGGUGACCACAGCCCCAGAAGGUCCGCCAGUGUCGUUGAGAAAUGCUCUCCUGAUACCAUGUAUAUCGAGAUGCAGGGCUGCAGCCCACUGGAAGGGACGACGCAGACUGGGCCUGGGGGGCCGUCCUCAGAUGGCAAGGAAGCUGGGAUUGCUAUGAACCAUAAAGAGAGCUGCGAAAAAGCACUGAACACUGAUGAAGCCGUUAAUCCAGAGCUUGAAGUCAUGGCUGAUGACAACAAUGAGCAAGAAAAAGCGUCCCAGGGACAAAUCCUGGAAUUGGUUGGCGAUGAAAACAAGAGCAUCACUAGAGAACCUAUCGACCUCCCCCCCCUCGCACAUGAGAGCCCCACACUGCCCUGCCCUAAGCUCCAGCCCACAAGCCAGGAAGUUGGAGUACAGGCUUUGGAUCCGCUGAGCACAGGUACUUUGGAUACUGACCAUCCAGGAAGUGUGAAGGCACCUACUUCCUCUUCUUCAGACGCACCACCUCCGACACCGCCUGAGCUACCGAAAACACCACCGUCGUCUGGCUUCUCCUCAAUUGACCGGCCCCAGCUGAAGAGGGACAUGUCUACGUCUACAGAAGAGGGUGGUCCUGAUCCGGUUCAGUCAGGAGCGGCCCAUCAGGCCCAAACUAUCACUGUGACCAAACAGCCCCUCGUUCAGGUCAAGGACUCAAAGCCCUCGAUUGAGCUGACGAGGGACUGCACGCCCAAGGUGGGCCUGACCAGUUACACCGUCAAGCCCUCGAAGUCAGUGGACAAGCUUCGGUUCUUCGAAGUGGAACUGACUCUAGAGGCCCCGGGUCCGGAUGUACCUUCAGAUGCCUCAAAGAGUUUAUCUGAACAUGUAGCUCCUUCCUCAAAGACUACCAAACCUCAAGACUCGGGUGACAAGCCUGAACUGUACAGCCUCUCUCUCAGGGAUAAUCUGCAAUUGCACAAUGGCACUCAUAACAAUACUGCUAGUAGCCCAAGGUCAACCGCAGAACAAGACGAACCUUUUCCGGAACGACCUCUUCCUCGUGUUGAGGGUGCGUCGGCGGACGCGCCACAAGUAGGCAAGAAGAAUAAAGUACCCCCCCCUGUCAGACCAAAGCCAGCCGCUUUCCGCUUGUCGCUGCAGAAACGUACGUCAGGGUACUACGUAACGUCGGCGGCGGAGAAGGAUGCGAUCACCAGCUCUCGCUGCAGCGCUGGCGAAAGGGACCAUCCCGAGAAGGCGGUCUGUGACAAUGGCUUCCCCCCUCCUCCGCCUCCAGUGUUUUGGGACGAGGAGGCAGGAGGAGAUCCUCAGGAAACGUCCCCGCAGACAUCGGUGCCCAGACCCUCUCGGCAGUCGUCGACUGAGCUGAGUUUGGAGAAACUGAGGUCCUUCGCUGCACCGAAGCCGUUCAUCGCGGCUGCCCCCUCCCCCUUUGCCCGGGCCGUGGCCAUGGCGGUAAAGAGAUCAAACUCCCUUAACCAAGACUCCCUCUCUCCCACCCCGUCAUCCCCCACAGACCUGACCUUCGUGGUAGAGCAGAAGGACUCCUCAAGGAACGUGGGGAGCGCCCCUCUGUGGUCAAGCACUGAAAAUGCAAUGGAGCCUCAGGAAGCAGAAAUUCCCAGCCCUGGCUGGAAUGGUGAGCCAGCAAACCACCCUGAAAUGGCGACGGGUGCUGGGGAAACAUUGGAAAGCCCACUGCAGUUAUGAAUCCAUCGUGCCUCGUGAUUUGCCAGCGGUGCCUGAAACUUCUUAAUGGAAAUUCUACAGAUGCCGAGCCAACGCGAAUUGCUUACAGGAAUUGAGCAUGUAAUUGUUGUUUGACCUUGAGCUGACCUCUGCAAGGAGGCUGUGUAAGUACUCAUUCAGGUUGGGUAGACAUGCUGAGGUCAGUUUCAAGGUUAACACGCAAGAUGAAUUCUCGUCUCCAGAUAAUAUAUGGAUACUUUUUUUUUUUUUUUUUCUUAUUGGUCAUUUGUUUUGCGUUGUCUAUUUAUAGUAUUCCUUUGGAAAUUGCUGGUUUUAUCUGAUUUGAAUUAUAUUAAAAGUUUAAUUCUGCAAUUUAACAUUUUUUCGUUUAAAUUAUUAGCAUAAAAAUAAGUUGUAAUUUUUAUAAACAAAAAAGAUGAAUAUUUAGAAGUCAGUCACUGGAUUGACUUGAAGAAUCUUUGAUCAGAUAUAUAUUUUUAUUUUUUUCCUUAAUUUACCUUUUGUCUUGUGUCAUUGCGACAUCUAAUGGCAGUGUGUGUGUGUGAAUUUCUGCAUGGCUGGACAGAUUUGUUUAUAGCUUCUUUCUAUAUCUGUUGUAAAUAAGUUCUCGUUCUCUGGUUUGGAUCCCCUGCUUGUAUUGUUCUCACAAAACCAGCAGAAUAAAUUGAAACUGGAACCGUGAAA